UAUUUAGGAGUCUCUCUUUCCCUCCUACCCUGAUUCCAAGAAGAGGACAAAGGUGCCUUCAGUAGAGACUCCUGGCUCCCCCCACCCCACCUCACAGAUGCUUUAGGAAACCUCAGGUGAGCAAUGGCAGGCGCUGGUGAGCGCAAAGGCAAGAAGGAUGACAACGGCAUCGGCACAGCCAUUGAUUUUGUGCUUUCCAAUGCCCGGCUGGUGCUGGGUGUUGGUGGAGCAGCCAUGUUGGGCAUCGCCACCCUGGCAGUUAAGCGGAUGUAUGAUCGGGCAAUCAGUGCCCCUACCAGCCCCACCCGCCUGAGCCAUUCAGGGAAGAGGAGCUGGGAAGAGCCAAACUGGAUGGGCUCCCCUCGACUGCUGAACAAGGACAUGAAGACAGGCCUGAGCCGGUCCCUGCAGACUCUUCCCACAGACUCCGCUGCCUUUGACACAGAUACAUUCUGCCCACCCCGGCCCAAACCGUUGGCCAGGAGGGGCCAGGUAGACUUGAAGAAGUCACGACUCCGCAUGUCCCUGCAGGAGAAACUUCUUUCUUACUAUCGGAACCGGGCAGCCAUCCCUGCUGGAGAGCAGGCUCGGGCCAAGCAAGCUGCGGUGGACAUAUGUGCUGAGCUCCGGAGCUUCCUGCGGGCCAAGCUGCCUGAUAUGCCACUUCGGGACAUGUACUUGAGUGGCAGCCUCUAUGAUGAUCUGCAGGUGGUGACAGCUGAUCACAUCCAACUCAUUGUCCCCCUUGUGCUGGAGCAGAACCUGUGGUCAUGCUUACCUGGCGAGGACACCAUCAUGAACAUACCUGGAUUCUUCCUGGUCCGUCGUGAGAACCCAGAGUACUUUCCUCGUGGUAGCAGUUAUUGGGACCGCUGUGUUGUCGGUGGCUACCUGUCCCCAAAGACAGUGGCAGACACGUUUGAGAAGGUAGUGGCGGGCUCCAUCAACUGGCCAGCCAUAGGGUCCCUCUUGGACUACGUGAUCCGACCAGCACCACCUCCAGAGGCCCUGACGCUAGAAGUGCAGUAUGAGAAGGACAAACAUCUUGUCAUUGACUUCCUGCCGUCAGUGACCCUUGGUGACACUGUCUUAGUGGCCAGGCCACACAGGUUAGCUCAGUAUGAUAACCUGUGGCGGCUGAGCUUGCGUCCUGCUGAGACGGCACGCUUACGGGCUUUGGACCAGGCUGACUCAGGCUGCCGAUCUCUGUGCCUCAAGAUCCUCAAGGCCAUAUGCAAGUCCACUCCAGCUCUGGGCCACCUCACUGCCAGCCAGCUAACCAAUGUCAUCCUCCACUUGGCCCAGGAGGAGGCUGACUGGUCUCCAGACAUGCUGGCCGACCGUUUUCUGCAGGCUCUGAGGGGACUCAUCAGCUACUUGGAGGCUGGAGUCUUGCCCAGUGCCCUGAACCCCAAGGUGAACCUGUUUGCAGAGCUCACCCCUCAAGAAAUAGACGAAUUGGGAUAUACUCUCUACUGCUCGUUGUCUGAGCCGGAGGUGCUGCUGCAGACGUAGGGCAGGGGAAGGCCGGAGUGGGCAUCGGGUGGUCAGACCCAGAGUCUCCGUUAGAAACACUUGGCUACAUGGUUGCUGCCUCACAGGGUCCCUAGGUGCCUCCUGUUUGGCUGGUCGUUGUCCUGGUCACUUCAUGCUAAUUAGAAUGACAUCCCUUUGGUUUCCCCACCCUUCCCUAUUUUUGUUACCAAACACUGUGCUCCCUACCGCCUUGCUCUAGGCUGAUCUUUCUGGAACGAACAGAGAAGGUGGAGUGCUGGCCUCA